UCACAGCGCGUUCACGAGCGAGAGCAUCUGCCUCCACGGGCACACGCACCAGGAGGAUGCUGCCUCGGUUUAGAAAACAGAGGAGCUGAAGAAGAAGAGGAACCGGGCACCGACUCAAGGAUCUACGGGACCGGGAUCGACUCCAGGCUCCACCGGGACCGGCACCAGGAUCUACGGGAACCGUUUCAAGGAUCCACCGGGCACCGACACCGGGACCGACACCAGGAUCCACCGGGCACCGACACCGGGACCGACACCAGGAUCCACCGGGACCGACUCAAGGAUCCAGCGGGCACAUCCUCCCGGUCGGUGUGAGUUUGGUGAGAGAACCAGAGGAAGGAUGAAGAAAAGCAGCCAGAGCAGGAGAGGCGUUCAGGACUCGGGUCAGCCGGCGGCCCAGCAGCUGGAGAAGGUCGGCUGGAUCAGGAAGUUCUGCGGUCGAGGAAUCUUCAGAGAACUGUGGAGGAACCGAUACGUUGUUCUGAGAGGAGACCACCUCUACAUCUCUGACAAGGAGGUGAAGGACGAGCGUAAAGCACAGGAAGUGUUCGACCUGGCUGAUUACGAGCGUUCGGAGGAGCUGAGGAAAACAAAGAGUCGCAGCAAGAAGAACCACAGUCGCUUCACGCUGCUGCGCUGCCGCCGGCCAGGCAACACGGUUCCUAACCUGGUGUUCCUGGCAGUGAGUCCUGAAGAGAAGGACUCGUGGGUCCACGUCCUCAACGUGGCCGUCAUCACCGCUAAGAACCGAGUUCUAGACCAGGUGAGCAUCGAGGAGACCAGUGCACUGGCUCAUCUCACCAGAGACCGAGCAAAGAUCCCUCAUGGGCGUCGGCUGCCGACCAGAGGACACCUCCUGGCCGUGGCCUCCACCUCCUCCCAUGGCAUGCUGACCCUCGACCUGGUGGCUGAGGAGGACGGUUUCUCCCCGGACUACGAUGGCAACUCGAAGGAAUCCUGGCAGAACUUUCGGGUCGACCUGCAGAUGGGGGGACAGGUUGUAGGAUCUCGGGGGGUCGGGGGUCGUCAGCGGGCCGGCACCGAUGUCUCAAAACUCAGGGUGACCUCCAAGGAACCCAAGGUGAAGACUGGCAGUCUUCCCAGAGGUAGUGAGUGGUCCUGGGGCAGACAGUCCCACCUGGAGGCCUCCACGGUCCAGAAGACCCAGCAGGUGCAGGCUCAGACUCGAACUCCACAACCCGGAAAGAAGCUCAGCAUGCAGGGCCGGAGUCGCUGUGCCUCCAUGGAUGAGGUCCUCUCCUCCAGACCGGCGAGGAUCCGCUCAGAGCUGCGGUCCGCUCUUCGUCGUUGUCCCACUGAGGAGGAGGCCGGGGGCGGGGCCUCUGUGCCGCCGGCCGGUCAGCUGCAGGGCCUCAUUGCUCAGAGGAUGCAAAGAGCUCAGGAGCUGCUGGAGGAGAUGAGACUGCAGGAACUUCAAAAAGCCAAAGCAGAGCGGGAGCGAGGCCUGAAGGGCGUCGACUCCCCUCGACUCCAUCACCUCAGGGGCUCGGACUCUCCUCACUCCAGCAAGUCCUCAGGUUCUCCGAGGAGCCGGAGCAGCGACUCUCCUCGCCUCAGGGGAAAGGAUUCUCCACGUCUGAGAGGACGAGAGUCUCCUCGAUCCAAAGCCAAGAAGAACCGCGGCAAAGGGGCGGAGUCACCUCGCUCGAGAGGAUCCGGUUCCCCUGCUGCGAAAGCCAACGAGUCCCCUCGACUGAAGGAGGCACCUCCACUGAGGACCACAGAGUCUCCACGAUCAAAGAGCUCCGACGCAGUUUGUUCUCCAAAUCUCAAGAGCUCCUCCAGCUCCUCUGGUCCCAACAGGGACGACUCCCCCCCGAGCAGGAGAGGACCAGACUCCUCAGGGGUCAAAGGAUCAGAUUCACCACGAGGCAGUGAAACGGACUCACCUCGUCUGGACAGCAGCAAGGAGUCGCCCUGUGGGAGUCAGAAGAACUCCCCAAGCUUCUCUGGAUUCUGUGAGUCUGACCUACAGUGUUUGUCUCCAUCUUCACCAGCCUCACCUCCCUUCCUGCUGGCGGAGGAGGAGGAGCUGGAGGUGGAAAGGAGGCGUGCGGAGGCAGAGCGGCUCCUGGAGGAGGCCCUGUCAUCUUGGAAAGAGGCUCAGGAGGUGCUGCAGGAGGUGAAGGAGCUGCAGAGCCAGACGCUGCGGCGGCAGCGUAGGAGGACCUACGAGAAGAUGACCACAGCGGCGGUGGCCGGGAUGCCCACGGCGAGUUCUGCAGCCGAGGACGAGGACACGCCGGCCUCACCGACGUCCCCUGAGGACGAGGCCGGGACACCUUGACAAGUGGUUUCUCUUUUCCAGAAAGCUGAAACCUUUUUGCACAGAUCGGAGACAUGGUUUUAAACAUCCAGGAGUUUUUCAUUCUUUACUGCAGGACAGUGGGAUUCACGUAAACACUUCAGCAAACGUGGAUUCUUUCAAACCAGCCGUCCACAGUUCUUCCCAGGAGGUUGAAGACUUUAAUCCUCCGCAUGCACUCGACUCGGACUCUGUGGAGACGCGUCACCUCUCAGCUCCGAGGCUUCGGCAUGUUUUCCUCUCGCUUUGUUGAACGUGAAAGAUGAAAAUAUGUUUCUUAACAAGGAUGUCAACAUUUUUACAAUGAGUCUUUUUCAAUGACAGCACUGAAGAACACUAUG